AUCAUAAUAUGUAAUCCUGGUAAACUUGUGCUCUAUCUGGAGAGUUAAUAGAAACUCCAGUCAUAUCUAAAGUGAGCGGACACAUAUAUGAAAAGAGAUUAAUUGAGAAACACAUAGAGAGCACAGGGACAUGUCCAAUAACUGGAAGACCAUUGAAUAUCGAAGAUCUCAUCGAAGUAUGAAAUGUAUGAGAACAUUAGGUGAAAGUGUCUAGAGUUUAGAAACCAAGACCAGUGACAGCUACAUCAAUACCAUCGUUGUUGUCGUUGCUAUAAAAUGAAUGGGAUGCAUUAUUAUUGGAAUAAUUUUAAUUAAAAUAACACUUAGAAUAAGUUAGACAUGAAUUAACACAUGCAUUGUAUUAGCAUGAUGCAGCUUGCCGAGUGAUUGCUAAAUUAAUUAAAGAAAGAGACCAAGCUAGAAUAGAAUUGUCAUAAUUAUAGCACAAAUUAAACCAUAAAAUCGAAGUAGAAACAAAUAAUGCCCCUGAGAAAUUAUCCUCAAAUUACAUUGCCGAAAUUGAAGAAAAUGCCAUUAAAUUAACAAAUUAAAGAAAAGCCUAAAGAAAGCAAUAGUCAUACUUCGAUUAAUUCCCAGGCCCUGAAGUAAUAGAUCCUAAUUAUCAUAGAUUCUAUCAAAUUAUGAUGUAAAAUAAUAAUACUAACAAACAUAAGGAGGCACCACUUUGGAUACAAAAGACAAUUAUCUAUUAGUAGGUGGAUAGGCUGGAUAAAUCUAAUUGUAUUCUCAUGAAAAAUUAGUUUAUACUGCUUAAGAACAUAGAGAGACUAUUACUUCAGUGAAUUUCUUUACUUAUGAUGAGCAUCUUAGAUUUUUGUCGUCUUCAUAAGAUGGAAAUCUCAAAUUAUACUAAUUUAUUUCUCAAAGUCAGGAAGGUUAAGUUACUUAAACUAUUAAUGUUGGUUAAAGUGUUGCAGGAGUUGCAAUCCAUCCAUUAGGAUAUAUUGCUAUUAUAGUAACUACUAAUGGAGUAUUGGCAUAUUAUAAUUUAAAAAAUGGAUUGCAAUUAAGUAGAGUAACUGACUUUGAGGGUUAAUGUUAAUUUACUUCAAUAUCUGUUCAUCCUGAUGGACUAUUAUUGGCUAUCGGAUAGGCAGAUUCCUAAAUUAAGGUUUGGAGUAUUGUAAAAAGUUAAUUGCUGGCCUAAUUGGAUGGAUAAGAUGUAUGAAUAAGUUAUAUCUAUGUAGGGAGCUGUCACGAACCUGUCAUUUUCUGAAAGUGGAGCUAAUUUAGCUUCAAGUAGUAGUAGUGAAGUCAAUGAAUGGGAUUUAAGACGUCCUGGUUAAUUCUCAAAGAUUUAUCAAGGCGUAAAGAUUGGUAACUCAUGAUCCUAAGUUAUUUAGGUGGUUUAUCAUAUGAUCCAUCAGGUUAAUUUUUGGCUGUUGGUAGUAACAAGACUAUUCACUUUUUUGAUGUUAAGAAAAAGUAGGAAUUCUGUAAAAUUGAGAGUCAUAGAGACCUUGUCACUGGCAUUAGGUAUUAAAAUAAUUAUAUGGAUUAUAGAUUUGGGCAAUUGAGCAAGAAUAUCUAUAGCUGCAGUGUUGAUAAAUUAGUAAAUAUCUAUGGUAACUGAG